UAUUAUGCAUGUAUAAGUAUCAAAAUAUUCAUUUCUAAUGAUUUUGUCGGUGCCGCACGUGCGAGCUUGUAAUUAAAAUUUAUAAAUAAAAAUGGACGACACUGAAGUAGUGCAAAUGGAUCAUAUGGAAUGUGACGUUUGUGGCGAGCGCAAAUUCCAGGAACGCGAAGGCUACUACUACUGCAUCGAAUGCGGCACCAAGAAGGGGCAGCUACAAGCUGUAGAGAUCAGCGCCGAAGAUACAUUCAAUGAUACAACAAAACAUGUGUCGCAGCGCACCAUAAAGAAACCCAAAAUCGAAGCAGAAGAAAGCGAUAUAACAUCGUGGGAAUUUUAUAAUUAUGUGUUGCGCGGCUUCCUGGAGGAGCUACUCCACAUGGGAGCCAAGCCAGAGCUUAAGCUCAUGACGCUUCAGGUGUGGGCCGCAUACAUGGGACGCAUGGAGGUUGCCUUCUGCAAGAACAAUGAGAUGGGCCUGCCAAAGUUGAAUGUGCGUGCCAUCGCAAGAGACGCCCGCAUUAUUUAUAAUUACAAGAAGACAAAGCGAAAGCGUGAACGCCAGGAUAAGCAAUCCCAAAAUGCUAUUGGCGAUGAGCGCGCCAACUGGCGUGAAUGGCGGAAAACUAAGCGCAAAUUGGAUGAGUCAGGCUACAGGGGAAAGAAAAGCGCCCAUUCGGAAUCCACGUUUCAAAGCAACCAAAAUAUACAACUACAAUGGUCAGCGAAUGCCCGUAAAUCCCUGAAAAAGCAAAUGCCGCUCAAGCAUCUGGAUAAGCACAGUGUGGAUAGUUCAGGCAGCAUGCAAUGCCACGGCCUGCGUCCUAAAGCUAGUGCUUUACGUCAUUUUGAUCGCCAAAUUUAUUCCUUGAAUAUAAUCAAAUUGUAUAUUGUGCUGGCCAUAGCGCUUAACCAAGUUGAGGAUGAUAUUCAACUGACUGAUCUCAUCAGGUUUAUUGAUGAGGAACACCUGACUAGUCGCUAUAUGCUAAGUUAUUUGCCUGAGAAUGUCGCCGUACACGGCAAGACGUUGGUGAAACAAAUGGAGUUUGGUAACCAAAAGGAUAAAUGUAGCUAUAAAUUUUUACGCGCACAUAUCACACACAUGUCUCGUUUUAUAAAUCUCAAUGGUUUCCAAAAGCCGGAUCUGGAAGCACUUACCAAGCGCUAUGUGCUUGAACUGGAUUUGCCGCCACUAAUAGCCAGCUAUGUUAGCAGUCUAAUGGAUAUACUGCCCCCUGCGUUUGAUACAAAAUAUGGACAACAUUGCUAUCCUCGCUAUGAGGCUCGAGUCAUGGCCUAUAUAAUAUAUGUUUUGAAGCUAUUGUUUGGUCUGGAUGAUGUCAAAGAGCGCGUGAUAUCGCAAUCUGCCAUACUCAUUAAUAAACACUUGUUGCAGCAAACUGAUGAGCAGGCACAACCAGUGGAACCACUUUUCGUCUAUACCGAAUGGAUGCAAUUUGUAGAAUUACGCAAAGUUUUAGUGGCAAAUUAUAGUGAAAGCUUUGCACAGCGCUUCAGAAUAGCUACCGAAAAUGGACGCAAGGUAGACGACUUUUUAAAUAAGGAAAGGAAACAGAAGGAGGAUGAAUAUAACUACAACGAGAUGUUGGUAACGCCAGCAAUGCAGCGCAUACGCGAGAACAUUUGUCUGAUUUUCGAGACAUUGCUGAAAAAUAAAUUCGGCGUGUCCAGCAACGAUACCACCACAAAAGAUCACAUCGAGUUUCAGCCCAGUCUAACUCCGGCGCAUAGCUACUACAAGCGAAUUCUCCUUCACGCCAGCCAAGCGCAGGAGGGCGAGAUGAGUGUACAGAUUCCAGACUUCAUGAAAGUAGAUCACACAGAGCGUCAACUGGAACCCUUUAAAUAUCAAACAACCGUUUUGGCUCAGCACCUGGCCGUGCGAGGAAAGACGCUGCGCGUAGAGGAGUUGGCGUGCCAGGAAGACUACGAGGAAAUUGGUAUAUUUCAAAUGCUUGUACGUCCACGGAAUCGACACAACGAAUGGCGCGCAAAUUGCGAUAUAAGUACACAGAACUGGCUUGAUAUAUUGCGACGACGGGAGAAGCGUCCCGACUUUGUAUUUCGAAAACCAAUUUCAAGUUACGGUCGGCAAUAUCAAAAAAAAAUUAUGGAACGUGCAGAACGCCGUCAGGCAAUGGAAGCAGAUAAUCCGUUUUGGAAAUUACGCGAUACGCCUACCUACAUACUGACUAUCAACAAUGAGGAUGUGUCGCUAAACAGUUUAGCUUCCAUACAAACAUUCGAUGAACGCAACAUGGAACCGCUGCGUGUACCGCUGAAGAUGCCCCGUCGUCAGAUGCGGCCAUUGUCCGAAGAAAGUGCAGGAGCUACCCAGUCAAAGCCAGAGAAGCAGAUUGGAGAGGGAAAAGAAGGAGCAGAAGAACAAAAUGAGCUUGUGUUGAAAAUAUCCAAUUUCGAUUGUUGGCUACUACAUGGUAAUAUGACAAAGAUCACAGACUCCGGUAAGCAGAAACUACGUUCGAUCUUCCCCUGCUCGUUUCGAUGGCUGCUGGAAACAUGUGCCGCCACCAUUGGCGUGGAUUGGGCUGAGCUCUAUGAUCAAUUGUUGAUAUUGGAGGUGACUUUCCAUCAUGGUAUCGAGGAUUGGAGCUGUCAUAGCAAUCAUUUGCGAUUCAAAUACAAUAUACUAAAUAAGGAUAUCAAUUUACUAACCAAAUCUUGUCGAGAUAUGUGGUAAAAAUUUGGUGUUGCAAGACUUCCUAAUCUCAUAUUUUUUUUAUCACUUAAUAACCGACACAAGAAUAAACAAGUCACACAAACGCGUAACAUAAAUAUGCAAAUUAGCGUUUAUCAGAAGAAUACCGAGAUGGCGACAGCAGCUCCAAUAAUAACAAUUCUUGUCAACAAUGUCCGAUUGGAAGAUACCCUGAACAAAGCGUAUAUUUGUACCAUAGUGGUUCCCUAUAGCUUUUAAAACAUGAGAUAUCGACUAUAAUAACUGAACUUUUAUAUCGUAUUUAUCGUAUACUUAAACCUAUAACUUAAUAAUUGACCUUAGAAGGAUAGUCAUAUUAAAUUUCCGUUAUCUGGCUAUUAUAAGUGCGAUGAGCUCAAACAUACAGAUAUGGCAGUUGAACCAGAAGAAGAGUACUUUAUGUUACAUACAUUUUAUAAAAAACAUUAUACUGUAUUUUAAAUUAAUUUUAGGGUAUAACAAUAAUAAUAACAUCAGUUACUCACACAACGUUUUGUUUACAUUUUACACAAAAAAAUCUUCAAAAAGAAAGAGCACUAACAGCCUCCUCACGGCCGCGGAAACACAUGCAUACUGAGAGAGGGGCUCUCUUCUCUCUAUAUUCUCUCUCACGUACAUGCACAUACACGCACACACAGUCUGCAAUAGCAGGUGCCGAGCGCCGCUGCAGAGAAU